AUAUUUAUUAAUAUUGUAGAUUCUCUUUUUAUAAUUAUCAUACAAUUAUAAUAAUUACUACGAUAACAAUUACUACUACUACUAGUACAUAUUUUGCAAUCGCUCACUACUUGAUAACAAUUUUAAAAGAACAAACAUGACAAGAACUAACAAAUGGACAGUUCACGAAAAGCAACCAGAACCAAAAUGGUUUACUCAUCAUGGUUAUAUAGACUCUGAUCCAACUAAAGUAAAGAAAGAAGGUGCUGGUAAGAAUAACUGGGGUAAACCUGGUGAUGAGAAUAAUGUCAAUAUGUAUAAUCAAUCGAACAGAAGAAAUUCAAAUCAUAAUGAAAAUGAAAUGAAAUUAAAUGAAGUUGAUGAGAAAGUUAACGAGAAGUUAUUGUAAACUAUCAGCUUCCUGAAAUUAAUUUAAUUUGAUAUUAGAGUUUCAUAACAUUUACGACUAACGAUAUUUCCUUAUAAAUAUAUAAUUAACAUACAAUACACGUUCAUAAUGAAUUAAAUUAAUUGUAAUAAAUAA